AUGGAUCCCAGCAAUGACUACAGUUUCCUCCAUCAGAAUUUGUGGAGAAGGGUGAAGCUCACCUUGCUUGGUGGCAUCUUCGAGGGGGUGCUCCAGCACGUGGACCCUAACAAGAUUGUUGUCCUGAAGAGAGUGAGGAAUGUGGAGACUGGUCGAAGUAUCCCAGGAGUGAAGAUGUUUUUUGGACAUGAGAUUAUGAAUGUGGAACUACUGGAUGGAGUAGAGCAGGUUGCAGUGAGAGAAAAGACAUCUUCUGUUAAUGUAAAUACAGCAAGAACCGAGAUAGAGAGAAUUAAAGAUGAAGACCAAAAAGUAUGUGAGCCUGCUGCUUCUGCCCCUGAGGCACCCACCCCUUCCCUGCUGAAUGACUAUAAGUUCAACGCUUCAGAGGAAGAGGAGGUAACCUACACAGUGAUUGAUCAGUUCCAGCAGAAGUUUGGUGCUGCAAUACUCCACUUCAAGAAGCAAAGUGUCCUGAGUGUGGCUGUGGAAGGCGCUAAUGUGUGUCGUCAUGGGAAACUAUGUUGGCUUCAGGUGGCCACAAAGAGCCGCGUUUACCUGUUUGACAUCUUCCUUCUGGGAAGCCGUGCUUUCAACAAUGGACUGAAGAUGGUAUUAGAAGACAAGAGAAUUUUGAAGGUUAUCCAUGAUUGUCGGUGGCUUUCUGACUGUCUAUCUCACCAGUAUGGAAUUUUGUUGAAUAAUGUCUUUGACACCCAGGUAGCAGAUGUCCUUCAGUUUUCUAUAGAAACAGGGGGCUUUCUUCCAAAUAGCAUCAGUACGUUGCAGGAAAGUUUAAUCAGACACCUUAAGGUAGCCCCUAAACAUGUCUCUUUUCUAGAACAGAGGCAAAAACUGACUCAGCCUACAUGUAUGGAGCUGCCAGCGGAACUGCUUCACCUCAAGGACUUGCAAAAGCAGCGCAGGGAGAGUGCUGUGAAAGAGUAUAGGGUGGAUGCACAGGGACUUCUGAUGAGGACAGUGCUACAAGUCAAGAAACCAGUGGCAGAGACAGCAGACAAGGAGGGAAAAGCAAGAGGUUUCUUACUUUGCAAAAAUUCGAGGGUAGCCAGAGCUCCGGAAUCUGAAGAAGACGUGGAUGUGUUGCAACAAGAAUGUAAGAAUAAGCAAAGUGAAACAAAGCUGCAGCCUUUACCUUCCCCACAGGGAGCAGAAGCCUGUGAGGCCUCCAGGCACAAAGUCACUUGCCCUGAUUCCAAUAGGUCAAAGGACCAGAAAACUGCUAAAGGAGGACACACUAAGAUACCUAAGCAUGAGGCUCAGCCAAGACUCUCUUUGAAAGAGGAGAUAGAACGGUUGUUGAUGAUAGAAAACAAAGAUUUAACACGCCCAAAGCAAGAUGUUUCAUUCUCUCCAAGUGACUCCUUUGACCCUUUAAGAAAAACUAUGCAUUCCACACUUCCUCCCUGUCCAGCCUUGGAGAAGAAUGAUUCCUAGAUAAAUCCUCCUGUAAUUCUGCCUUAGAAGAGCAAUUUGUUUUUCAGGCCAUCCAGUUGGCUCGUUUCCACUGCCAUCUGGGUGUUUAUUUGGAGCUGAUAGCUCAGGACAAAGUUUCUCAUUUAAGUUUGGUCCUGCCUCAGCCACAAGCUUCAGGGAACGUAUGACCUCCAGCCUCCCUUCCGACAGUGCUAAUACUUUGGUUAG